AUACCGAAUUUUCUUUUUUGUGUUUUUUAUAUAAAUUAUAUCUUAUUUGCCGUAUUAAUUCCAAGCAUAGCCAUACGUAUUUAUAUUAGAAAUGGGCUUUAUGAAUUAUUAUAUAAAAUUUUUGUAGAAAUUGUUCAUAAAAUUAAAACUAACGAAACUUUAUCUACUGUUUGUUUUUACUAAUGUUAUUUUUUUUUUGCGUAUUGCUUCUGUUUUAUUUACGGUCUGCUGAUAAUAUGUUAUAUAAUAUGUAGCUGUGUGUGUCUAUAUUUUUUUUGUUGUAUUUGCUUAGAGUCUUCUAGUGUCCGUAAUGAACGUCUUCAUUGGAUGCACUUAGAAUACAAUCUUCAAAUAUAGCUUUUGAGGCAGUUUUUGUAAAUUUAUUUGCAAUUGAAAACUAAAUAUUUUGCUAGAUCACUGCAUAUUCAUUACCAUUCUCAGAUUUCGGUAGUGGACCAAUAGUGUCAACUAUCACUCUGUCGAAAGCACUAAUAGGAAUGUCAGUUUUGUUUAAAGGAGUAUUACAUUAAAUCUUUUUUUUUUUUUUUUUGUUUUUGGAUUACAUUGAAAAUUGUCAAGUUUGAUAGUAGUGUUUUUAUUUUUGCACUUUCACUGGUCCUGUCACGGUCGCCAUGUAAUAAUGUAAUGUCAUAUUGUCUGGCGACCACGACAGGACUGUUAUGGUCGCCAAGUAAUUAUUCGAGUGAAAAAACGUCGUGUUCCGUUUGACUAUAUUUUUUUUGAAAACGUCAGCAAUUUAUCUUGACCCAAUGGGCGAUGUGGAAAUCGUAGUUUCUUCUUGGAAUUUAGUAAGUAAGAAUAAAGGUAAGGAAUUUAGGUUAAUACAAAGGCUCGACUUCAAUGCAGCAACUCGAAGUUAGAGAUAAUUGAUUUACCGGAACUAGGGAUUUUAUAAAUUAGAUCUGAUUGUACUGCUCGAAAAGAUAAUGAUAUCUUGGUAGCUCAUGACAGUAUUCAGUUAGAAGAUCAAGGGACACUGGCGUUGUCACACAUAGGAGAGAUGAGCAAGACACCUGAAGUUAUUUGGAAUCCGUUAGGCACACCUUUAGUUAACCACACAGCAAAUAUUAAAAACUGCAUAAACUAAAGUUACAUGAAUUAGAUUUUAUCAUGGUACUGGUCAUACUUCGUUAAUGGUAACUGUUGUCAUAAAAAAAUAUUGGCCAUAUAUUUUAUAAGAAAAAUAAACAUACGAAGGCAAUUGCAAGCCAUAGAUAUUGUUGCGAGCGGAGUAUAUAAUUUUAAUUAUAUUUUAAUUACAUGAAUACAUACAUUGUAUAUGCCCAUACAAACUAACACAUUCCUUCUCAAGAGUCCAGCCAACGAGCCGGACCUAAAAUGCUGAUCAUGCAUUCCCACGGAGACGACUGGCUCUUACACCAGCUAACACCAGCCGUCUCGUGGUAUAUAUAAACAUAAGACAAACAUGCCAAUGCAUGCAUAUACUCCUAUCACUGCUCACUUCAGCUUUUAGCAUUUAAGAAGAAAUUAUUGCGAAUAAAAGUUUAGUCUGAAAUACCACUCACAACGACAACGUAUUAUGAUUUCUCACAAUAUUACAUGGCGACCGUGACAGGACAAGUGAAAGUGCGAAAAAGUGCAAAAUUAAAAACACUUCAUACACGAAACAUUUAAAAAUAAAGAAUCAUUACAAAAUUAUUUCUAAAUCAAAAAUUAUAUCCAGAAAAAAAACCGAAUAUUAAUGUGAUCCAUAAAGAACCAUAAGAAUGAAAUAAAAUCAAUAGAAAAUUAAUAAUAAUAAAAGGAACAAGAAGAACCAUUUACAACGCAUGGUAGGCAGGACCGCCCACUAUGCCAACGAUCUGGGAUUCAAAAGAGGAGUACUAGUACGGCAAGCAAUAUCCGCUGGCUGUACGCCGUUGGAAAGGUAUGGAUGGUACACCCGUACCACGAAACGACAAAUCCUCACUUCAAGAGGCACUGGAGGCGAAGCCGAAGGAUGGACCAAGACCUUUAACUAUUGUCGAAUAUAAAGCAUGACAAGACUGUCAUGGUCGCCAAGAUUGACUCCAACUCAGCGCUACAACGAAAAAAAGAUGCACCUUUGCUUGAAUUGCCUACGGAAGGGACGCAGCUUACGGCAAUGCAGAUCUGCCAGCUGUAGGAACUGCCACCAGAAGCAUCAUACUCUUUUGCAUAUCCAAUCGAAUCUCAUUCCAACCCUUCCGCAGCCUGGUCCUAAAAAGCCGCCACAUAGUUCAUCUUUAGUUUCUAUAGCCUUGCCCAAACCACCAUCUGUAGCUUCAUCGCCAAAUAAUGCCGAUUACGUGUUGCUUGCCACCACAAUAGUUUAUUUAAAAAACCGCUCUGGCGUAUUCGUGCCUUGCCGGGCCUUACUCGACUCGGCCUCUCAAAUCAACUUCGUCACCUCUCGUUUCCAAAUCAACUGCAACUCCAAAUCCAUCGCUCAAUCAUCUCCAUAUCAGGGAUAAGCGAGUCCUCGCUAGCAUUGGAUGAGUCGGAUAACAUUUUCUCACAAUCUGCUAAUGCCAAGUAUGUAUGCAUGUCGCUUGAAGCUGCCAUUACCCGGUCAAUCACCGAUUAUCACCCACAGUUCGACCUUAACCCAUCUGAGUGGAAAAUACUGUGGAAAUCCCGAGCCCGCCGACCCUCUCUUCUACAAAAGUCAGCGAAUUGACUUGAUUAUUGGAGCAAGUAAAUUCUUCGAGCUGCUUUGUAUUGGACAAUUUCGAUUAGGAAACCAUUUACCCACCCUGCAGAAAACCAGACUUGGCCUAUACGCGCUCAGCUUCAGCACUCAGUCUGAGCCUGAGUCAAUUUCUGACAAAUUAAAGAUAAGUGUCCCAGAUACUAUAACAACCAUUUCGAAGGAGGAUGCUCUAGGCGAGAAACUAUUUCAACCGCAACCUUCCCACGUACGUUUUAAGGCACUCGAGGUUACAUUUGGUUGAGAUACCCUGUCGGACCCUGUACCCAGACUGCAACCAAGCGCAGCAUUCUUUCGGCAAUAUCCACUUGGAUUAAUAGCCCUGAUCAUCCCCCAAGCUAAAGAUUUUUAAGCAGCUCCUAUGGAAGGAUAAGCUUGACUGGGAUGAAUCCCUACCGCAAUCUUUGCACUCGUCUUGGUUGGAGCACAUGUCACAGAUCACAACAGCUGAUUGCUUAAAAUUUCCUCGCCUUGUUUUAAUGAAUAACAUGGACUUCGUAUUGCCUGCUGGAUUUGGCUGUACAUCCACUUCCUCCUCCUCGUUGGCAGUGCUGGCGGUGGCAGGUGGAACCAGAAGUACUGGAAUAGGCGGCGGCCCCAAUAUAUCCUCAUUAUAAUCGUCGUCGUCAUUUUCAUCUUUACCUUCGUCGAGAACCCGCUCUUCUGGCCAGCUUUCAAGUGGAAGAAUCGGACAUGGCCAUGCUAAGCUAGGCAGCAUCGUCCCCAUCAAGGAGGACAACUUACCCCCCUUUGCGGUGGCGCCUCGGCAGGGUGGAGACCACUGUCUCCGGAAAUGACGGCGUCGAUCGAGUUGCGGUGAUCCGCACGGAAAUUAGCUGUCCUACCCUUCGAAACCACUUCGCUUGGAAGUAUGGCUCUUCCAACGGGGGGAGUUUGUCGGGAGCAGUAAUCUAGCUAAUACCAGAAUUAUGGCUUACAAUUUGUUCAGCAUCACUGUAUGCUGAAUUAUCUCUUUUAUCUAUGAGACAAGCCGAGAUAAGCGCUCGCGAGUCGCCGAUUGCUCGGCUCGCCCCAUCGUUCUCUAUCGUUGUCAACACGGAGUCGCAGCUCUGCAAUUUUUUGUAUAAUUAUUAGUUGUAAAACAUAUCUAGAAACAGGUGGCAUAAAUUAAUUAUUAUGUUCCUCAAUCAAGUUGAACAAGAAAGAAACAAUGAAAUAUACUGAACACUUUACAUUCGAAAGAUCAGA